UAGCUAGGGGGCAAAUGUCAUAAAGCUCCCUUUCGUGCGCAUCGAGAUUCAUCGCCAAUAUUCGUAUCCUGUGUCAUUUUAAAUCAAUCUAUGUUUUUCACUGUUCGUAUUUGAGAUAUUGUCGAGUUAAUUUGGCAUCAUUCAAGUCGAAACUUGCGCGAUGAAGUAUUUGGGAAUUCUUUUAGUGUUCCUAUCAUUUCAAAAUACUCUUACAUCUAAAGUGCCAUAUAAAUGCUCUGAAAAGUUAAAAGGCCGUACCGGUUCAUUCAGGAGUCCCGAGCUUCCGCGUAGCACAGGAGAGUAUCCCAAUGAUGCAGAGUGUAAAUGGAAUAUUACAUUACCAARAGACGGAGAAGUCAAUAUUACAUUUUCAACUUUCCACACAGAAGCCUGCUGUGACUACGUCAAGUUGACCAAUGAGAAGGGUGCUUUGAUUGGUCAAUACAGCGGCCGUAAAAAUCCGUUUACAAUCACAGUCAAGUAUGAAAAAGCUCAUAGGGUGGACAUCACCUUUAAGUCUGAUUCUUCCAUGGCAAGGCCUGGUUUCAAAGCUUCCUACGUCGUUCAUGGUACAAUAAACACUGUCCCUUCAAAAGUUCCUCACGUUACAAUKGUUGCACCAGGAGCAGGUUCAUCGUUAAUGGAGGCAUUCCUAAGGAUGGCCGGUGCUUUGACAAGAAUUAUAAAUGCAGUCUUGGGUUCGCCCAAUAUAAAGCACACAAAGAACAUUGUGACGUUUAAAAGUGAGCUAUAUCAAGGCUUAAAGAGUAUUGAAACGAUGAAAAGUGUCAGCUCAGCCGCGUUGACCAAGGAUGAAAAUGCACAACUUAAYUUGGCGUUGAAACACCUGAAUCAGAAAGCAAAGGCCGCGAUAAUAAGACUAGAACCUCGACUGUCUCCUGCAGUGUGCAACCUUCCCAAGGUUGUUGGCCCAUGCAGGGCCAUGUUUAAGCGUUACUUUUAUGACAGCAAGAGGAAGAUUUGCCGUCGAUUUCAUUAUGGUGGAUGCCAAGGGAAUGGAAAUAACUUUGAGAAGAUUGAAGACUGCAAAAAGCUUUGCAUUCCCAAACGAAAACCACUUUGUCCACCWGGUCAACCUGUAGUKAGAUGCUUUGCAAAUCCAUGCCAAGUGUCGUCCUGUGCUGCGUACAUUGUYACUAGCAGUUGUAAAGCGAACUACUGCGGUGGAUGCAACGCAGUUUAUUACGACCAACAUAACAUCAAAAUCCCUUCCCAUCGUUGCCAUUGCCAACCAAACCAAUCCACUGUGGAAUGCCUGGUGGAUCCAUGCCAAAAUGCAACAUGUGCAGGGCACCCUGAUGCAAAGUGUCGAGCCAGAAGAUGCGACUCGUGUGUGACAGAAUUUGUSGCGCUGAACGGCACAGUAAUUGAUAAAUGUUAGCCGACCAAGGCCUAUUUCAAUGAACAAUUGUAGUAAAUCUUGUAUCUCAACUGAAAUUAAAUUUUUUAAACUCA